GGAAAUUGCAGUGACUUUUUAACCUUGCAGUUCCUAAGGCGCCUUGGGAUUAGCUGCUUGUGGAGCCCGGGGUGUUUCACACAAGGAGCUGGCAUGGCUGCUGUGCUCUUUGGCUUUGAGGAUCUGCUCUACAGCUGGGACAGCCUGGUGUGGAGCCUGACGUCCCGGGCUCUGAGGACUUGCCGCUUUGGAAACCUGAGGGUCCUGCAGCUCAUGCUGAAGCCAUGGUGCAUUUCCAGAGCCGUUUAUCAGAUGACGGAGGGCCGCAGAUGCCAAGUGCACCUCCUUGACGACAGGAAGCUGGAGCUCCUUGUCCAGCCAAAGCUUUUGGCCAAGGAGUUGCUUGACUUGGUGGCAUCUCAUUUCAACCUGAAGGAGAAGGAGUACUUUGGCAUUGCAUUCACAGAUGAAACGGGACAUUUGAACUGGCUUCAGCUGGACCGGCGGGUGCUAGAACAUGACUUCCCCAAGAAGUCAGGACCAGUUGUUUUGUACUUUUGUGUCAGGUUCUACAUCGAAAGCAUCUCCUAUCUAAAGGACAACGCCACCAUUGAGCUGUUUUUCUUGAACGCCAAGUCCUGCAUCUACAAGGAACUCAUUGAGGUUGACAGUGAAGUGGUGUUUGAACUGGCUGCCUACAUCUUGCAGGAGGCGAAGGGAGAUUUUUCAAGCAAUGAAGUUGUAAGGAAUGAAUUAAAGAAGCUGCCAGCCCUUCCAACGCCAGCACUGAAGGAGCAUCCUUCCCUUGCUUACUGCGAGGAUCGAGUCAUUGAACAUUACAAGAAACUAAAUGGUCAGACAAGAGGUCAAGCAAUUGUGAAUUACAUGAGCAUUGUAGAAUCCCUCCCAACAUAUGGAGUGCAUUAUUAUGCAGUAAAGGACAAGCAGGGCAUUCCAUGGUGGUUAGGACUUAGCUACAAGGGAAUUUUUCAGUAUGACUACCAUGACAAAGUGAAACCAAGAAAGAUCUUCCAAUGGAGGCAGCUGGAGAACCUCUAUUUCCGCGAGAAGAAGUUCUCGGUGGAGGUGCACGACCCGCGCAGGGCAUCUGUGACCAGAAGAACUUUUGGGCAUAGUGGCAUUGCUGUGCAUACGUGGUACGCCUGUCCAGCACUAAUAAAGUCUAUCUGGGCUAUGGCCAUUAGUCAACAUCAGUUCUACCUGGACAGAAAGCAAAGCAAGUCCAAGAUUCAUGCUGCAAGAAGCCUGAGUGAGAUUGCGAUUGACCUGACCGAAACUGGAACGCUCAAGACCUCAAAGCUGGCCAACAUGGGGAGUAAAGGCAAAAUUAUCAGCGGCAGCAGCGGGAGUCUUCUGUCAUCAGGUUCCCAAGAGUCAGAUAGUUCUCAGUCUGCCAAGAAAGACAUGCUGGCUGCACUGAAAUCCAGGCAAGAAGCUUUGGAAGAGACACUGCGCCAGCGCUUGGAAGAGCUGAAGAAGCUGUGUCUCCGAGAAGCGGAGCUCACAGGAAAACUGCCACGGGAAUACCCCCUGGAUCCUGGGGAGGAGCCGCCUAUUGUAAGGAGAAGAAUAGGAACUGCCUUUAAACUGGAUGAGCAGAAAAUCCUACCUAAGGGGGAGGAGGCAGAGCUGGAGCGCCUGGAGAGGGAGUUUGCCAUCCAGUCCCAGAUCACAGAGGCCGCCCGGCGCCUGGCGAGCGACCCGAACGUCAGCAAAAAGCUGAAGAAGCAGAGGAAGACAUCCUACCUGAACGCGCUGAAGAAGCUGCAGGAGAUCGAGAACGCCAUCAAUGAGUAUCGCAUCAAGUCUGGAAAGAAGCCAACCCAGAGAGCCUCCCUGAUCAUCGAUGAAGGAAACAUUGCCAGUGAAGACAGCUCCCUCUCAGAUGCCCUUGUUCUCGAGGAUGAGGAUUCUCAGGUCACCAGCACAAUAUCCCCUCUGCAGUCCCCACACAAAGGACUCCCUCCCCGGCCACCCUUGCACAACAGGCCUCCUCCCCCGCAGUCCCUGGAAGGCCUCCGCCAGCUGCAUUACCACCGCAACGACUACGACAAGUCCCCCAUCAAGCCCAAGAUGUGGAGCGAGUCAUCCUUGGAUGAACCCUAUGAGAAGGUCAAGAAACGCUCCUCACAUAGUCAUUCCAGCAGUCACAAGAGGUUCCCCAGCACCGGGAGCUGUGCCGAGGCGGGAGGGAGCAGCUCACUGCAGAACAGCCCCAUCCGGAGCCUUCCCCACUGGAAUUCCCAGUCCAGCAUGCCAUCGACGCCGGAUCUACGGGUACGCAGUCCGCACUACGUCCACUCCACGCGGUCAGUAGACAUCAGCCCGACCAGACUGCAUAGCUUAGCUCAGCACUUUAGACACCGGAGCUCCAGUUUGGAGUCGCAAGGCAAGCUCCUCGGCUCAGAAAACGAGACAGGGAGCCCUGAUUUCUACACUCCAAGGACUCGUAGCAGUAAUGGCUCUGACCCCAUGGACGACUGCUCUUCCUGCACCAGCCAUUCCAGCUCUGAGCACUACUACCCCGCUCAGAUGAACCCCAACUACUCCACCUUGGCAGAGGAUUCCCCAUCAAAAGCCAGGGAGCGGCAAAGGCAGAGGCACAAAUCGGCGGGCAACCUGGUCUCUUCCAAUUCAGGGAGCAUGCCCAACCUGGCUGCAAGGAACGGGACAGGGCACCACCGUGUCUACCUGCACAGCCAGAGCCAACCCUCCUCCCAGUACAGGAUCAAAGAGUAUCCCCUGUACAUCGAGGGCAGCUCCACACCCGUGGUGGUGAGGAGCCUGGAGAACGACCAAGAGGGACACUACAGCGUGAAAGCACAAUUCAAAACCUCCAACUCCUACACAGCAGGGGGGAUGUUUAAGGAGAACUGGCACGGGGAUGAAGUGGACUCAGUCAGGCUUACCCCCUCCCGCUCCCAAAUCAUAAGGACUCCCUCUCUGGGCAGGGAAGGGCACGAGAAAGGCUCGGGUAGGACUGCGGUGUCGGACGAGCUGCGGCUCUGGUACCAGCGGUCCACGGCCUCCCACAAGGAGCACAGCCGCCUCUCGCACACCAGCUCCACCUCCUCGGACAGCAGCUCCCAGUACAGCACAUCUUCUCAAAGCACCUUUGUGGCACACAGCCGGGUCACGAGAAUGCCUCAGAUGUGUAAAGCAACAUCAGCUGCCUUACCUCACAGCCAGAGGAGCUCAACGCCGUCGAGCGAACUAGCAGCCACACCGCCGGGCAGUCCCCACCACAUCCUCACGUGGCAGACUGGGACCUACAGUGAUAGCUGUUUCCUGGAUGCUCCCCUCUAUCCAGAAUUAGCAGAUGUCCAGUGGUAUGGACAGGAAAAAGCCAAGCCUGGGACUCUAGUGUGAACCCCUGACCUCAAGUUAAUCACAUCAAUGCCAUUCUGAGAUCACCUCACUGCCUCUCAUUUGCCUUACCCAGAUGCACUGUCACCCAGCACCAGCUUCAGCUCUAAGCACUUUCCUCACGAUGCAAUUCCCGACGACGCUCUCAGGGCGCCAGCCCUGGGACAUCCCCUGGGACAUUCCCCAACCCCAGCGCCUCCCCUGCCAGGCAGCGGGUGCAGAAGAGCAUCCUCAUUGUCAGGUGGCAGGUUCAAAAUUGGUUUUCCUUUGAAACAAUGGAAGCCUUUCCAGGCUUACCUGAAAUCCCAUUGUUCCAUGGCACGUAACAGCAGGAAGAUUUCCAUGACCUGUGAUCUGAAGCCAACAGAGCAUUGGUUUUAAGAGGGGGAGUCAAAUGGGACAGGGGCUGAGAGAUGCAUAUCAUAGCCCUGAAAGUGUUUCUGUUCUGAAACAAUGAAAUCCCAUCACUGCAAAGACGUGUAAGAGUCUGGCCAUCAGAUCUGCACUGCCAAAGAUGGCCACACCAGUGCCAGCAGGACACGUUUGCUCAGCAAGUUCUACCUGCAAGAACAUCUCCCAGAACCCGGUGGCAGACACGACCACCUCCCGCAAAACAGCAUUUCCUUCUUUGCUUUGAGCCCACCUACAUGCAAGUAAAACACCCUGAUGUGCUGAGGGCACAAGGGAACUCUGGGCUGGUAUCACAGCAUCACUGUCUACAAGCUACUUUCAACUGGACACACCAGGUUUACAAAGGCAUUACCUAGAGCAGAGGCAAGUACUGGCACAGGCUGCACACCAAUACACAGAGGUUGGGGUUGUGCUAGGUUGGUGUUUUUUAACACUCUGACGAAGAUAAAAAUUGCCAAAAAAAAACCCAAACCAACAAAACAAACCUUUCUCCGACCAGAUACAGCCAAUACAUACUAACCUAUUUCUGCACAAAGCGUGAAGUCCAAGGGAAAGCACAUCACAACCUGAUUGACACCUAAAGCUGCAUCACCACACCUGCUCCACUCACCUCCCCUUCCCUCAGCACCAAGUGUAGCAAAGGGCUCGUCCCCCGGCGCAGGGCUGUGCGGGGGAACCGCUCCGUCGGGAAGGGGAACGGCCGCGCAGCCGUCGUCAGGCUGGACAACCCGCAGACCAGGACACAUCUUCCCCUCGCGAGAAGCGACCACGAGAAAAGAGAAGCAACUCCACGAGGUGUUGGGCACAAGCAAAGAGCUGCCUGCUGGUACCACGAGGGAUCGUCACGGAAGGAGCUGCAAGUUUACACGUCCUUCAGAGCAAUGCUUUGUACACAUCAAGCCAUGGAACUCUCAAAGGCCUCAAAGACACUUUUGUACCCAACAAGUGCACAAUCUGGGUGGAUGUUGAAGCUGGCACGUCUAGUCUUCGCCGCGGUGCUACGCUGUUUUUAUUGCCACUAGAUGGGGGGAGGCACCCAACCUUCCCCCGUGUGUGCGUGCAAACGAUGAAUUUCCUAUGGGAAAGGCACUAAAAGAAAACGGCUGGAGGGGGUUACGUUGUGAAAAGCAGAAAACUGAAGUUAGGUUUAGUUGAAGAGAAAAAGCAAGGGCGCGGGUGCGCGCGCCUGUCCCGGGAGUCACAGCAGCGUCUACCAGACAGAGCAGGGCGAAACCUUGGAAAUUAAAACACCACGACUUGGGGGACUGCCACACCUUUUGGUAUUCAGAUUGCUGGAAAACUGCAUUCCAGGCUUUAAAAAGAGAAUGGGUUCUUCAUAAUUAGGCUUGGAAAGAUGAUAGGGUUGCUAAAAAUGAAGGCAAGCAGCUCCUGGGAGUACCUUCCUGCCACACGCGCGGGAGGGGUUUGCUCCGGGUCCCUGCCUGUGUCUCUGGCUCACAUCACUGGCCAGGCAGGGGGUGGCCUGGCGCAGGUGAGGACAGUGACAGGCAGCAAAGGCUGUUACUUGUCCAGGGAAAUCCACAGCAGAGCCAGGAAGGGAAUUUUCAUGUUCACACAUGAAGCAUAAAUGAAAUUAUCCCACUGGAAAAAAAAAAAAAAAGCUUAAUUUUUUUAGUCCUGGCAAAGGGCUUAUGAAGCCAGCCAGGACAGCCUGGUGCUGCUGGACCUCCACCAUGGCUCAGCACCAGAGAACAAGCCCCUCUGACAGUAAUUGAAGCCUCACAACCAACUGCUGGAAGGACAGCAGUGAGAUUGCACACUUUAUCUGGAUGUGCAAAAUGCUGUUUUCACCCUCUGUCUCUGCUUUGGGGUCUUUAACAUGGGAAUUACUUCAGGCUCCUAAUUGGAUUUUUAGCUGGAUAAGAGAUAGCACCGAUUAGUGACAUUUACUGAUAAGAUUUGGUAGCUAAAGUGAAAGGAUUAAAUACAGACCAAAUUAAGCAGGAGCAAGUAAUUUAGCCCACGGAUUUUUAGGGGCUCUAAGCAACUGUCUGUUUUCUUUUUAAUUUCCCUGGUAAGUGGUUUGGGGUUGGUUGUUUUUUUUUUUUUUUCUGUGUACCUUCUUUUAAUUAAAAAGAAUUCAACAACAGCAGCACUAUGAGGCCUCUGGGCACUACAGGAAGAAACAUGAAUUCCUCCAAGACCAGAUCUGCAGUUUUGCAGCAAAGGUUAAAAGGUGGCAGCCCUGAAAUGAGAGGGGUGGGGGGGGAAAUAAUAAAUAAAUGGUUGGCCUGAAUUGCAAACAGGCUUGAGUAGAGGGAAAAAAAGCUUUCUAGAAACGGAUUGAGUUUUGCUUUGCAUUCUGCUUUUCUGUUUUGCAAUCAAGGGCACACGUGAGCAGCCAGUCUGGUAGUAAAGACAGAUUAAGUAAAACAGGUUUUACUGUUUAGCUCAAUUCAAUUAAAACACAAAUGUACAUAAAAUGUUAAUCAUGUGAGAUUAACAUAUUUAAGUAUAAGGCGGAGGGGUAUAUACAUAGCUAUUAUAUACAAGCACUUGACUACCAACUUAACCCCCUCCUUCCCUUUUUUAUUUUCCAAGGCUCCAUCUGACAUAAAAGCCACAAUUGCAUUUUAGUCUCCAUGUCUGAGGCUCCCUCUGCUGAGCCAGGAGCACAGGGCCGUGCUGGAAGGCAGGGUUUAUUUUUAAAUGAUAUUAUAUGCAGUCGAGUGUUGAAAAUGUUGAAACAGUCCAAUUUGUUUUCACUCUGUAUUAGUUUUAGUUUCAGGCAUAGCCAAUCCCCAUUCAGGUGCUAUCAGAUGACCAGUUACUGCUUAGUUAACUAGAUGUAAAGUUUUACAUAUAUAUUAAUGUCAAUAGUUUUAUUACAAGUUGUGUAAAAUGGACUCUUCUAGUUUAAAAAAAAGAAAAGGGAAAAAAAAUGAAAAAAAAAAAUUAGGUCUCUCUCCUGAAAUUGACUUUAGAGCAUGGAAAAUGAUUUGACUGGAUUCUGUUCAACUGUAAUCAAGGAAAAAAAUAUGUAUGUUGUAGAAAAAGUUGCAGAAUUAAAAAAAAAAAAAGAUCUGCUUUUAAUUUAUUCUUUUUGUAUUAAGAAUUUGUAUAGUUACCUUUACAUUUUGCAGAACGGUGUUGUCAACACUUCCUUAUUAAAGCAUUUUCAAAAUGAAA